AUGACCCUCGCAGAAGAUAUCCUCCACCCAUCGCCCGCCAAGGAGGCAACAACCCACAAGCUGAAGCGAGUCGUCCAAUCGCCCGAUUCGUUCUACAUGGACGUCAAGUGCAACGCCUGUCAGACCAUUACUACCGUGUUCUCCCACGCCGACAUCGUCGUCAACUGCCCCAAAUGCAGCAAUGUCCUUUCACAGCCCACCGGUGGAUUGGCCAAACUCUCCGAGGGUGUGUCUUUCCGCAAGAAGGCGCAGUAG